AGCUCCUCGGUUAAGGUUGACUUGAAUCUUCAAGCUCAAACCCUGAGACGCUUCUCCGAUCUUAGCCAGGUACCGCAAUAACAGCGAUUCGAUCAAUGAGGAGAAUUAAACGACGACACCGCCACCGACCAACCAACAAUAACAGACCUCCAAAACAAGAAGACGACGAUGAAGAAGAAGAAGAGCAUGAUCAGAAACCCUACAUUCUUCAAUUGCCAGUCCACAUAAUAACAGAGAUCUUCUGCAAAAUCCCAACAAAAACUCUCAUCCAAUGCAAGCGCGUGUCCAAAUCUUGGCGUUGUUGGUUCUCAGACCCUCAAUUCACCAGAGAACUAUUUUCACGAACACCCGCUUCCCUCUGGGUCACUGGCCACUUCUUGGUCGACCUCGACAGGAUCGGGAGCCAAAGCAACGUCGCGUUGCAGCUUUUUAGUAAUCUCAGAGCUCUUUGUAUGACCGUUGUAGGCUCGUGCAAUGGCUUCCUCUGUCACUACGAUUUCAAUUCUGACUUUACGCGUCAUCUUCACAUCUCCAAUCCUGUUACCUGUGAGUUUUUCUCUCUCCCAAUACCUUCAAAUCGUGAUAGUGGAGACUGUUAUGGUUUUGGGUUCAGCCCCAUUAGUGAUGUUUAUAAGCUAGUUCGGGUUUCGUCUCUAGGCGGAGAGCCUGACCAAGUAAUGGUUUUGACUGUUGGCUUUGGAAUUUGGAGAAACAUUGGGCACCCUGGCUACUCAUUUUAUAGGGUAAAUCCUCGUCAUGGGAUUUAUCUCAAUGGGGUUCUUCAUUGGAUUGGUCGCAGUUGUAGGGACAGGUCCCGGCGUUUGAUAUGUGUCUUUGAUGUUGAAAGUGAGCGGUUCCAAGAGUUACCACUACCGCUUUCUUCUCAAAAUCUGCGAAGAACAUAUUUUAAGCUCGGAAUAUUAAAAGGUUGGCUCUCUGUAAUUCAUAAAGUAAAUGAUGUUAUCAGUGUUUGGGUGAUGAAGGAUUACGGGGUGAAGGAGUCUUGGACUAAAGAGAAUGAGUUUAAAAAACCAGUUGGUUCUUUUGUCACUUCAACAAUGAAAUUUACUGAGCAAGGGAAAGUCUUGGGGUUACAUCAUAAUCAAUUGAUGGCUUAUACUCUCGCAACAACGAGCCUUGUGAGGGUUCAGGUUGAUGGAUUACCUUCAUGGAUUUCGGAGGCAUGGGAACUUGUUCCGAGCUUUGUUUCGCUUAAGGAUAUCGCCGGAGGGUUACAGCAUGAAGGUACCAUAUGUCAAUCAUAAGCAUUUUGUAUUUCUUGCUCUGUGGAAUAUGAACUUUUCAAAGUCAUGUUUUAUUAA